AUGUCAAAAUUCAAAAUUAAGGGCUAUUUAGAUGUCAAAUCUGACCAAACCCUACUCCUAGUUAUGAAUGAAAUAAUUGGUAAAUCUCCUCUUAUAGUUGAGAGGGCAAAAAUUCUCCAAUCUUCCAGCAAAAGUAAACAUAGAUUAUAUAUUCAAUUGAAGAAUUAUAAACAGAAAUUAAACUUAAAUAGAAAUCGAGCAAAUUUGUCAGAAGUGAGAAGUGUAACCUAAUUUCGAAAAGAAAAUUCUAAAUUAAAACUAAUCAUAAAAAAACUGUUUAAAGGGUUCAAAUGA